AAGAAUAUUCCAAUGUCAAUGGCGGACUUUGAUGCAAUAUAUGAGGAGGAUCAAUUAGAGGAGCACUAUGAAGAUCAAACAGUGGCACCAGUACCAGAUCCUAUUAUUAUACGGGGUGCUGGUAAUAUGACAGUAUUCGGUUUGAGCAAUCGAUUUAAUACGGAAUUUCCCUCUGGCCUGGUGUCACGAGUAGCACCUGAAGAAUUCAAAGCCACAAUUGGUCGAAUAAAUAGUAUUCUAAAGAAAACCUUACCUGUCAAUGUUAAGUGGUUAUUUUGUGGAUGUGUUUGUUGUUGUUGUACACUAGGCUGUUCACUGUGGCCGGUGAUAUGUCUCAGUAAACGAACCCAAAUAACAUUGGAUAAAUUACUCGAGUGGGAGAAUAGUCAUUUAUAUCAUAAACUCGGUCUUCAUUGGCGAUUGCACAAACAACAAUGUGAUUCAAAUUCAAUGAUGGAAUAUGUUAUUUCAAUUGAAUUUAUACCGAAAACACCAAUUUAUCGGCCGGACUAA